UGAAUUUUCAACGGAAAGGGAAGACAUCUUGUAUUAAGUUACAACAGUCGAGAGUAGCCGGUGGAUUUUGAAAGAUUUCUUUGGAUUUUCUUGUGGUGGAGUUAUGGAUAAUCAGGACACCAUCGAGGCCAUGCAGACGCUCCUGGAGCAGGUGGAGCUUCCGUCCUCGGCGGAGCUCAUCAGGAAUCCCACUGAGGAAUUUAUUAUUGAUGUGAUAUCUGCGUUUUUUGAUAACUGUCAUAUUGAUACUGCCACUAUCAAGAGACUGACACCAAGCCAGAGGAAUGCCCUGGAGGUGACAAAUCCUGAGAACGCGUACAUCGCGUCGAUCCUGAAUCUGCGAGAGGCAGCAGCAGUAGUAGGUCGUGAGAUAUUCAUGAGAGACUUUCAGAUAACAGACAUCACGUCACCCCGACACAUCAGGGCGAAGAAGCAGCUGCGAUUCCUUGGCAAUUUUCUCCUGUACGCGAACAACAAAAAAUCCCAUAUGCAGGAGAGGAUCGACGAGGUGCUGUCAAGGGCAGAGAAGAUCCAGAGCCUGAGGGCCCAGAAACAAGAUGCCAUGGAGAGGAUGAACGAACAGGCAUUGCUGAGAGCCCAGAAGAAAAUGGAAAUAAAAAAAAUAGAGCAGGAGAUAAUCGAGUGGGAAUCGAAAAUUUCCGGGAACAGAGCAAAAAUUGCAAUCGACGAUAAAAUCCUCAAGGAGAGGGACGCAGUGAAGGCCCAGAGGGUAGCGAGAAAUCAGGGACAGAGGGCAGAGCUCCAGAAGUACCAGGACAUCGAUGACGAGCUCAAUGGUAAAGUUGUGAGAUCCCCUGAAAAAUUCAGGACUCAGUUGCGAGAUCUCACCGAGGCGAGGAAAAAUCAGGAGGAGAAGAGGGAUAAUAUCCAGGGUGCGAUCCUCCACAAGAGGACGCUCCUCCAGACCUUCGAGACUGCCCUGAAUCUCAUCAAGAAGGAGCAGGGAAAAUUAGGGGAGUUGAUAGAGGACCAGAAGAAGCUCAAGGGGAUUAAGAAGGAAGGGGAGAGACUGAAGGAAGAGGUCGACGAGGCUGCCAGGACGAUUAGUCUUGUGGAGAAUAUGGAGAGUCAGGAGCCCCAGGUGAUCGCUGGAGCUAUCCAGGAGACUGAAAAACUGUGCCAGGAGAGAAUCCAGAAGAUCAAAAAAACUUUUGUUGAGGCCGAUGGGGAGAAGAAACUUUUGGAAAGGAAGAAAGAGACUUUGGAGAUUCGGUGCACAGAGUUGGGGUCGCAGACAGCGAAAAUUCGAGAGCAGAUUCAGGAGAUUGAAGUGGAGACUAGGGAUUUUCUUAGGCACACCCAGGAGCUACACGACUCGGAGAUGGCGAAGAUCCAGAGGCUCCACGGUGGUGCGCCUAAUGGAAUGGAUUGAUCGAUGUUUUUCUAAUGAAUUUAUGAAAUCAGUACGAGUUAAUUAUUCUUUAUUGAUCUCGUGAUACUCAGUAGAUACAAUUUAAUAUCUCCCAAUAAAUCUUUAUUUUUCACAAUA